CAGAAGGCUAUACAGGAGCACUAGUACAAACAGCAAGCAAUUGUGGCAAAUCUGUUCUUUAUAUAGUGCCACUUCAACUGGAAAUUGAUAUGACUCCAUUGCCACUCAAUUCCAAAGAAUUUGAUAAAAUGCCCAAAGCUCACUGCAGUAGAUGCAAUGAACAAAUGCCAUUACAGCUCCUGGCAAUCCAUGUCAAUUCCUGUAGCAGUGCAAGUUAUUCUGACAGUGAGGAAUCAAUAACUGUGGAAUCGGAUGCUGCAGAAGGUGUGCAUGCAGAAGGUGUGCAUGACGAAGGCAGCAAAGAACUAUUAAACUGUGACUCUGAUGUGGAAUUUGUUCCACCUGUUCUGAAUGCAGAACCAUCCAAAAAGAGCGAGUAUGCACCUUGCCCAAUAUGCCAGGAACCAUUUCCUCUUUAUUUUCUAGAGGUGCAUGCAAGCACAUGUGGUGAGAGACCUGUAGAAAACCAAGGAACCUUGGAUGUAGAAAGAAAUGAGCCUCAUAGCCUUGAUGACAUCCUGCAAAAUCUAGCUGAACAGGUGGACAACUCUCAGACGUUCUCAGUCUGUGUCACUCGAUCUAACUUUUUUCACCGUGCUAUUCAACAAUGGAAAAGACAAAAGAAAAGCACCCCAAAGUGCUCCCUUAAAGUUUGUUUUGUUGGAGAGGCAGGCAUAGAUACAGGAGCAAUAAAGAAGGAGUUCCUUACUGACCUGAUGAAUGGAAUUGAAUUGCGCUACUUUGAGCCUGGCCCUGACAACAAGGGAAAGAAUCCUAUAUACUCAAUAAGUGCCCUGGAGGAGAGCUACUUCAGGAGCUUUGGAGAGAUCAUUGCUUGCUCCUUGGCUCAAGGAGGUCCAGCACCUGACUUCAUGCGCAAUUGGUGCUACACAUAUCUUGCUACAGGAGAUUUUGACCGUGUGGUAUUAACCCCCGAAGAUGUCACAGAUGUAGAAACCAUCGAAUUGAUUGAAAAGGUAAGAAUAGCCACCGAUGAAGAAUUACGGAGUCUCACUGAUAAUCUGCUUUCCUGUGGAUAUACAGGUCUCAUAAAAACAGACAGAAAGGACCCAAUAAUAAGAACAAUCAUUCUAAACUCCCUGGCCCGAGUUCUGCCCAUGCUUGAGCAAAUGCGAAAAGGCUUGCAGCUCUACAACCUUCCGGAUGUGAUGGAACAACACAUGGACCUCUGUCGGCCUUUGUUUGUGCCACUGCAGGAUAACAAGCCUGAUGCAAACUUCCUUAUGGCAAGCUGCAAACCUGACUUUAGUGAAAAAGGCACCUCAAGACAUAAUCUUGAACAAAGUAUUCUGAACUACUUUCAAGAUUUUCUUCAGGAACUAGAGGAUGAUGAUGCAGUUCCUAAGCACUUUGACGAAACCGAAGACUCAGACACUGAAGUGGUUUCAAACACCAAGACACUUACAGUUCCAGGUGUCCUGCAGUGGUUAACUGGCCAGGCACACAAGCCAGUACUACCAAGUGAGAGAAACAAUUUUGAAAUUCAUGUCAAAUUCAAUCAUGUCUGCCAACAGGAAGCACAUACAAUUUGUUUUCCAAUAGUUAGUGCUUGUACCAAGACCAUAACUUUUCCAGUGGCACACAUGAGCUCUUACAGUGAGUUCAAACAUGUACUAACUCUGGCUUUGCGUUUUGGGAAUGUCUUUGGUAGAGUUUAAUUUGUGGAACAAUGAAGACAAUGAUUAUGGUACAGAAUAAUGUUUUAUUUUCCUUAACAUUGUAAAAAAAUGUUUACACUAAAAGUAAAUGGCAAAAAGAGAGUGCCAUGAUUGUUUUCAGUUAUUUUUGGUAUAUGCAAUAUCCUUGUUGUUAGAACAAUGACCUUGUUAGCGAUUGUUGUUCGAGUUGGCAAGAAUAAUUUGUAUGUACUGUACCAUGUUCAAAUAAAUGUCUCUGCCAAAG